UGAUUAGCAUACUAGUAAGAGAAUCAUCCUCAUUAUCCUUGCAGCACCUCGGUGAGGCCUCGGCAGAAAACUAUAAUCCAUACAAGGCCUAAGGAUCAAGGAUCGUGAUGUUGAUUUAGUAAUGAUGAGCUGGAAGGCAUCCGUCUGACAUCGAACUGAUGAUAUUUCAGCUCCAGUCGUUACCUCCCUCCUCCACGUCAUCAGUUCCACAUGAUUAGCCAGCGAAUCGAUGAUAUGAGGAUAUGCACCGCUCGUAAAACAACAACUAGGAUGCUUGCUCGGUGUCAUCUCAAAUAUUAAUCACCUUUCUAUAAUAAUCGGUCUCGACCUCAGACUAACGAAAACAAUCAUUACAAUCAUGGCGGAUGCAAGGAGGAUCUCCGAGGCGAAGGAGCAUAUUGCGGCGGCCGAAAAGAGUUUGAAGACGUCAUUCUUCAAAUGGAAACCAGACUUUGGCAGUGCAGCUCAUGAAUAUGAGCAAGCUGCUAUAUGUUUGAAGAAUGCCAAGCAGCCUUUAGAAGCUAAGAGGGCGUACAUCAAUGCUGCAGGUGCUCAUAGAAACAACGAUGCUUUGUUUCAUGCAGCCAAGCAGUAUGAACAUGCAGCUUUCAUUAUGAGGGAUCUGAAAGAUUGGGGUGAAGUGAUGGGAUUAUUUGAGAAAGCGGCAAGUCUAUACACAGAGCAUGGAACGCCUGAUACAGCUGCUAUUUGCCUUGAAAAGGCUGCUAAAAUGAUGGAAACCGUCAAUCCCAGGAUGUCAUUGGAAUUAUAUCAAAAAGCUUGUGAUGUUGUUGAGUUGGAAGAUCGGCCACGUCAGAUUGUAGACUUCUUGGGGAAGUCAGCGCGUAUUCUAAUUAAGAUUCAAGAUUAUGAUGAAGCAUCAAAGAUACUGUCAAGAGAGAGAGAUCUCAGGCGUGAUCUAGGUGACAUCGAUGCAACAAAUAGGACGGUUUCAGCACUAGUUCUUGUUCAUCUAAAGAGAGGAGACUAUGUUGCAGCGGAUAAAAUAUGUAACAUGGCAAUGGGGUUUGAAGGUUAUGCUGAGAGUGAUGUAGCAUCAGCGUUAGCCUGUCUCUUAGAUGCUUAUGAUAAACAGGAUGAAGAUACCUUUCAUCAGAUCUUAAAUCUUCCACUCUUCAAAUAUAUGGAUAAUGUUUAUGUCAUAUUAGCGAAAAGUUUACGAGUCCCAGGAGGAAGCAGGCCGAAGCCGAAGAAAGCAGCAGCAGCCGCGGUACCGGCAGGUGAGAUGGGACUGGUUGGAGGAGCGGAAGGAGGUGAUGACCUCGUGGAUGAGGACGAUGAUGAAGAGUUUGAUUUGAAAUGAAACCCGGAGGUGUGGAGGGUGCAUCUUGAAGCCAAGUAUUAAAGACCAAGCUAUCUCAGAGACUGAAUCUCCUGCGAUGUAGAGUCCGAGUCCUAGUCCGAUUCUUAGCCUAGGCGAUUGGAGUAGUGUAGAUGGUUGAAGUGGACUAGGUGAGACCACAGCAGGUUCAUUCUGCCCUACUUUGACAAAAGGAAGAGCAGAUGAUAUAUAUCAACCAAACUUGAGUUUUUAUGUGUUAACAUUUUACAAAUCGAUUUCUUCUUUCAGACAAAAUUUCAUAGAAAAUACACCAAUGCUGCUAUGAGAGAGCUAGUUGACUAUCUUGCUAAUGCAUUGGCAUCAAUGUAAAUAAAAGACUGAUUUUGCUCUUUUAAAGGAAAUUGCACUCUUGUUGGUUGAGUCCUUUUGUCAGAGUAGGGCAGCAUAGAUAAAUUUCAUUACAAGGUAGUCAGAGGGAAGUCUCUCUCUUGAGAUUUGGGAGCAAGCUGUUUGAAUAAUCUGCAAGAAAAGUCGAAGAUUGUGACGGAAAAGAAUACAACUUUCAGGUUUGAAGUGAGUUGAUAUGCUGAGCACAAAUUUAUCUCAAACAAGUAUUAUUCUGUGUUUCAAAUAUUUGUGAGUGUGUUUUUGUCAGUAAUUGCAUUGUGUUUCAUCAGAUGUAGAAUUGAAUUGAAUUUCAAGUGAAGUGUAAUGCUCCUAAGGAAAGUAUACAACUCUUUUUUUGAUUGAAGAGUAUCAAGAACAAAAUAGAAUCAAUAAAAGCAAUAGAAGUUUUGCAGGAGAUUGCAAAAAAUGUAUUUACUUUUUUGAAAAUUUUCAAUAAACAUACUUCACAUUUACACUGUCAACAGUAUUCUAGGAGAUCUAUAUUAAAAGCUACCAUCAUUGAAUCUCCAAUAUGAUUAUAUGGUCAAAAGCCUAGAUGUUCUGAAACCAAUGUUGAUUGUGUUGUGUUGUAGACAGUACUCAGAUUGCUGUGAAGUGUACAUGAAAAUAUUUUAAAGCUGUCUUUGGUGCAAUAAUUUUUGUACCCCCGAUUGCUGGGGCAAAAAAUAAAUGGAAAAGAAAAUUAUAUCAUAAAUGUAUAU